CUCAUACCAAUAAUUGGAACACGGUUUGGGUCGGGUUCUACGUGUUGUGUAAUCCAAAAUCCAAACCCAACCCAAAAGAAGCGGGUUGUACAAAAGAAAACUCUCACCCAACCCAAAACCUUCGAUUUAGCGAUAAAUACGGGUGGGUUGGGGCGGGUUGGACGGGUGGGUCGGUUUACGGGUGUGUUUGUUCACCCCUGCCUGCAACCGGUCCGAGGAUUUUUGCUUCGGAUUUUUCAUCCCUACGCUACGCACUACGCAGAUCCAUCUCCGCUGCAGGAAAAUUUUCCAUCACUUUGCCGGGAAAAUUCCCAGAGGGGGAAGAAAGCGGUGAAUCGAGAGAAAGCAAAAAUGUCGCACAGCGACACCAUCCCUCUCCACUCUUCCUCGCAGUCGGACAUCGACGAGAUCGAGAAUCUAAUCAACGCCAGCGUCCAGUCGGGCCCGGCAACAGUUCAACCCGCCCGCCCACCGAGUCCGCCGCGGAUCCCCGUCUCCUCCUCUCCGUUCCUCCAGUCCAACCUCCCACCACCGACGACGGCGGCAGCGAAGCUGCCCCCUCUCCCGUCGUCCUCUGCGCCGCCUUCAGUGCUUCCCGCCACUGUCCCCGGGCCCGCGCCCCCGCCCGCUAACUCAGCCGGAUCGAACAAUUUCGCCGCUUCUGGAUUCGGCCCGGCUCCGAACACGUUGACGGAGCCCGUAUGGGACACGGUGAAGAGAGAUCUAUCGAGGAUCGUGAGUAAUUUGAAGCUGGUGGUGUUUCCGAAUCCGUUUAGGGAGGAUCCAGGCAAGGCUUUGAGAGAUUGGGAUCUUUGGGGUCCGUUCUUCUUCAUCGUGUUCUUGGGGCUCGUCCUCUCUUGGUCCGCCUCUGUGAAGAAGUCUGAGGUUUUUGCUGUUGCCUUUGCUCUACUUGCAGCUGGUGCUGUCAUUUUGACUUUGAAUGUUCUGCUACUGGGUGGGCACAUUAUCUUCUUCCAGAGUCUUAGCCUUCUAGGUUACUGUCUGUUCCCUUUGGACGUGGGAGCCCUAAUUUGCAUGUUGCAGGACAAUGUGAUCCUGAAGAUAGUGGUGGUCUGCGUUACUUUAGCUUGGAGUUCCUGGGCAGCAUACCCCUUCAUGAGCUCAGCAGUGAAUCCGAGGCGAAAGGCCCUUGCACUCUAUCCCGUCUUUCUCAUGUACGUAUCUGUCGGGUUUCUCAUAAUUGCCAUUGAUUGAAUGCAUUGGCAGCUCCCCUACUACGGGGAUGCAACAUGAAUUGAAAUCCAAAACCCACCACAGUAUAUAGGUUUCCUAUUAGGAUCGUUAAUUUGGUGCUUUCGUCGACUGCGAAUUACUGUAUUUCUGCUGUGGCUACUCUUCACUGCUGACGUUAUGAAACCUUGAUGUCGUUAUUGCACUUAAAACUUGUUACAUCAGCUUCAUGAGAGCAUUCGAUUUUGAGAGUGAAGCUGGAGUCUAGAGUGUUACGUCGGAUCUCGCUAUAGUUCCUUUUCCUUUUGGUAUGCUAGUGCUGAUAAAGGAAAUUUUCCAAACUGUUUACUGUAAACCAUCAUCCAUACAUGGUUGAGGGUUGGAUUGGGGUGAUCUUAGUCUGAAAGUCUCCCAAGUUUGGAGUCUGGGAUUCAAGGUUGAGGUUUGGGUUGGGUAUUGGUUAAAGACUUGAAAUGGUCCGUCUAUGUUAUCAAGUUUUCUUAGAUCUCUCCAAAUUUGGUGCCAUCUUAUGUGAGACUCCAACAAAACGUCGAUUCUAAACGGUUGAGAAAGUACAAGUAUACGACUGAGUGUGCAAUUCCAAAAUCUUGUGUAAGAUAUACAACUAAAAUCGGAGAACAUAGCCCGUCAUGUUCGAAAAUAAUUCAAAAUUUUGUGUAAGAUAUACAACUAAAAUCAGAGAAUAUAGCCUGUCAUGUUCGAAAAUAAUGGAACAUGUAUUAACUUUGUAUUUGAUAUAAUUCAAACAUGAUAUGAUCCCUACAUGCAAUGACCCACAUUGGUGAUGAUCCAAUCCAAUUCCAUUAGGUACGGCGGUCUCGUUGUCUUGUUUUUUGGUUCAUUUAUAAUUCGAACCGAAUUGAUCGAAGAAUAAGUCGAUCGAUUACCACCUCUGGUGUCGAAUCAUAGUAGUUGAGUAUAAGAAGAAGACACACUACACUACACAACAGACUAGAGGGCCUCGGAUGUUUGCUUUGGAUACACUCAAAAGCCUCAGAUAAUGCAGUCUGCAGCUAAUAAAGCCAAAACUACAUUGCUUGUCAGUGUGGCCAAAGGCCAGCCCUAAAACCUCAAUUAACCCAUUGGCUGGCGCCAUCUGAACCCAAAAAUUGGCCUGUGCAUGCCUUGCCAGUUGCCACUGCGAUUUGAGAAACGUGCACAAAAUUUUUUUGGGGCACUGGUCCUCCAGAACAUAGGAAAAGGGCUCUCGGUAACGACAUCCAAAGAGGAUCUCUUUCAUUCUUCAUUAAUGGCCACCCAAAACAAAAUUUAUUGUACAGAACAAUGGCGAUAGAGAUGGAAAUCUUAGAAACACAUUAUUUGCAGUUUUUGGUUAUUUCGUAUUAUUGUUGGUUUUUGGUAAUUGGGGAUUAUUUGGGAUUUUCGGGAAAUAAACAGGGGUCGAUUGUUACGUUUUAUUAGUUGGGUAGAAGAUAGGAAUUAUGCGGACUAUAUGAUAUGUAGUAGUGGUCUUAUUUUCAUUAAGCAAUCACAUAACAAAAACCUAAAUCCUAA